UUAAGGCAGGAACGGAGGAGCCUGAGUGUGCGUUUCGUCACCGUGGGAAGGGAGUGAGUCGGCGGCUGAGGGGUCUGAGGGUGACUCACUGCCCUCUCAGCCAUAAAUAGGAGCCGAGCCCGCGGCACCCAGAGCAGAGCAUUGGGACCCGGCGCAGCCACAGCCCUCUUGCCUCCACCACCAUGGCCCUCAUCCUGCUGGCCCCGCUCGCCGCGGGGCUGUUGGCCCUCUCCUGCUGCGCGGCCCCGCUGCAGAGCAAGCCGCAGGCAGUUGUCACCUUCCCGGGGGAGCUGCUCAGCAACUUGUCAGAUGUGGAACUGGCGGAGAAUUACCUGCUGCGGUUUGGCUACACCACGGGGGCAGAGGCGCGGACGGGCAGCAAGCACAUGUCUCUGGCCAAGGCACUGCGCAGGAUGCAGAAGCAGCUGGGCCUGAAGGAGACAGGGGAGCUGGACGCUGGCACGCUGGAGGCCAUGCGAGCCCCCCGCUGUGGCGUCCCCGACGUGGGAACCUUCCUCACCUUUGAGGGGGACCUCAAGUGGGACCACAUGGACCUGACGUACCGGGUGAUGAACUACUCCCCUGACCUGGACCGUGCUGUCAUCGACGAUGCCUUCCAGAGGGCCUUCAAAGUGUGGAGCGAUGUCACCCCCCUCACCUUCACCCAGAUCUACAGUGGCGAGGCCGACAUCAUGAUCAUGUUUGGCAGCCAAGAACAUGGGGAUGGGUACCCCUUCGAUGGCAAGGAUGGGCUCUUGGCCCAUGCCUUUCCCCCUGGCCAGGGCAUUCAGGGUGAUGCCCACUUUGAUGAGGAUGAGCUCUGGACACUGGGAACUGGCAUAGUGGUGAAGACACGCCACGGGAAUGCUAAUGGGGCAGACUGCCACUUCCCCUUCGUCUUCGAGGGCCACUCAUACUCGCGGUGCAUCACAGAGGGGCGCACGGAUGGGCUGCCCUGGUGCGCUACCACCGGCAGCUACGACCGGGACAAGAAAUACGGCUUCUGCCCCAGCGAGCUCCUCUACACCACCGGUGGCAACGGUGAUGGGUCCCCCUGUGUCUUCCCCUUCAUCUUCGAUGGCACCUCCUACGAUGCCUGCACCACGGACGGGCGCUCCGAUGGCUACCGCUGGUGUGCCACCACUGCCAACUUUGACCAGGACAAGAAGUAUGGCUUCUGCCCCAACAGAGACACGGCGGUGGUUGGUGGCAACUCCCAGGGAGAUCCUUGUGUCUUCCCCUUCACCUUCCUCGGGCAGUCCUACAGCACCUGCACCAGCCAGGGCCGGCAGGAUGGCAAGCUCUGGUGUGCCACCACCAGCAACUAUGACACUGACAAGAAGUGGGGCUUCUGCCCAGACAGAGGUUACAGCAUCUUCCUGGUGGCUGCCCACGAGUUUGGGCACUCACUGGGGUUGGACCACUCCAGCGUGCGUGAGGCCCUGAUGUAUCCCAUGUACAGCUACAUCCAGGACUUCCAGCUGCACCCAGAUGAUGUCCAGGGCAUCCAGUACCUCUAUGGUCGUGGCUCUGGUCCUGAGCCCACUGCCCCUGCACCUGUGCCCACUGAGAAGCCCCAGCCUAUGCCCACAGAGGCUGGCAGCACCUCCACCACUGAGGAGGAGGAGACGCCAGAGCCCACGGGUGAGCCCAUUCCAGUGGACCCCAGCCGGGAUGCCUGUGUGGAGAAGAACUUUGAUGCCAUCACAGAGAUCAAUGGGGAGCUGCAUUUCUUCAAGGAUGGGAAAUACUGGACCCACCCAUCCUUCUGGAAGACUGGCAUCCAGGGCGCCUUCUCUGUGGCAGACACCUGGCCUGGCCUCCCGCUUGUCAUCGAUGCUGCCUUCCAGGACCUGCUCACCAAGAGGAUCUUCUUCUUUGCUGGCCGGCAGUUCUGGGUGUUCUCUGGCAAGACCAUGCUGGGCCCGCGGGGCAUCGAGAAGCUGGGCAUUGGGAAAGGUGUGGGUCGCAUCUCGGGGGCCCUGCAGCGGGGCCGCGGCAAAGUGCUGCUCUUCAGCGGGGAGAACUACUGGAGGCUGGACGUGAAGGUUCAGAGGGUGGACAAGGGCUACCCCCGUGCCACCGAUGAUGUUUUCACCGGUGUCCCCCUUGAUGCACACAAUGUCUUCCUCUACCAAGACAAGUACCACUUCUGCCGGGGCAGCUUCUACUGGAGGAUGACGCCACGCUACCAGGUGGAUCGGGUGGGCUACGUCAAGUAUGACAUCCUGCAGUGCCCCGAGCACUGAGGGUCCCAACAUCCACCCGGCUUUAGCCGACCGCUGCUCCCUGCCCGCCGCUCCCGGUCCCCAGGAUUCUGCCCUGCAGCCUGACCCCCGGGACACCGGGAGGUAUGUGGCCUCGUGGCUGUGGGGCAACAGCCGUCGAGGUCGGGGCUUUGCUGUCUCCCCAGCGGGAAGUCCCAGGGUGGCCCCUCGGGAGCUGCCGGGCCCUGGGAGCGCAGGCUGGGGAGCAGGACUCUCGCCGCAGCCGGCACCGUGCCACAGGUCCCGCUGCGCUGAGGCGUUUGCCUGGUGCAAAUUGCAGGUGGAUUUGGAACGAAUUUGUCUUUGUGCUGAGCCAGCCGGGUCGCGCCGGGCCGGGCCGGGCCGAGCUCCGCGGUGUGCCGGGGCUCGGCCGGAGCGGGUGUCAGCUCGGCUCCUGCCCGAAUGUUUUUAAUAAAGAUCUUUCGGACACGGC